AAGCCCAGGACAGUGGACACCAACAACACAGGCCCCUUGUACUCGGGAAGUUACCGACUCGCAGGGCUGGCGAGUCUUAUAUAAGUGGGAUUAGUGGAAAGGAGUUAAACCCGGCCGUGUUUCAGGCUCCCUGCAAAUCCGGCGGCGUCAUCUGCGCUAAACCCUCUUCUGGAUCUUCCCAUCUUCUCUUCGAUCGUACGCGCAUCUUCCUCCCUCCUCGCUUUCUGGAAUCAGGCAAACAUGUCCAGCAAGCAGAGUGAGCCCUGGACCCGACUUGCCCACAGUAAGAAAUUACCAGGAUGGGUCGCAUACAAUCCAAGGACCAUGAGGCCUCCGCCACUGAGCGACGACACCAAGCAUAUGAAAAUUCUAUCCUGGAAUGUUAAUGGACUGAGAACUAUGGUAGGGUCAGGGCAGUUUUCUGCGGUUGAAUUGGCUCAGAGGGAGAAUUUUGAUGUAUUGUGCCUUCAGGAGACACAUCUGAAGGAGGGUGAUGUCAAUGAUUUCAAGAAUCUGAUACCAGGCUACGACCAUUGCUAUUGGUCAUGCAGUGUCGCAAGGCUUGAUUAUUCAGGGACUGGAGUAAUUUCACGGGUAAAACCAAUCUCUGUCCAAUACGGAAUUGGAAAAGCAGAAAAUGAUCAGGAGGGCAGGGUUAUUACUUUGGAGUUUGAUUAUUUCUACUUGGUGAAUGCCUAUGUCCCAAAUUCUGGCCGUGGUUUACGUAGACUGAUUUACAGGGUUGAUGAUUGGGAUCCAUGUUUCAGUGACUAUAUAGAAAAACUGGAACUUUCCAAACCAGUAAUUGUUGCUGGUGAUCUUAACUGUGCUCGUCAGAGUAUUGACAUUCACAAUCCUCCAGCAAAAACGGAAGAUGCAGGUUUCACCGUUGAAGAGAGGGAAUCAUUUGAGAUAAACUUUUCUAUGAGAGGUUACGUUGAUACCUUCAGAAAGCAGCAUCCCAAUGCUGUGGGCUACACUUUCUGGGGUGAAAACCAGCGGCGUACCAAUAAAGGGUGGCGAUUAGAUUACUUCCUUGCGUCAGAACACAUCAGUGACAGGGUUCAUGAUUCGUACAUUCUUCCGGAUGUGACAUCCAGCGACCACAGUCCAAUUGGCCUUGUACUAAAGCUGUAGGCACCGAGAGAUUCUCUCUCUCUCAAGUUGCUAUAAUGCUUCAUCAGGCUGAGAAGAUCCAAAGUGGGGUAGAGAUAGUUUGCAUAGUCAUUUGUCCGUGAAUUUGGGCUUGCAGGAUAUCAAUCUAGAGUAAUCUGUCAAAUAUGAAUGUUCUUUUCCGUAUCUGUUAUCCCAUGCGGGGUUAAGCACUCCCUGGUCCGACUGUCGUCAGCUACAAGUAUUUUUGCAUUCUUGAAUUGAAUAUUGAAUAUACGCCUUGAAUAUAUGGUCCUAUGUGCUAAUUCCAAGCCA